AUGGGCUCCGUGGUCAAACCCGUCAUCAUCAGCGGCGCCGGCGUCGUUGGGCUCACGCUCGCGCACGCUCUGAAAAAGGCGGGCAUCCCGUUUGAGAUUUACGAGCGAGACGAGCACAUUGACGCGCGACCGCAUGGCUGGGCCAUCACGCUGCACUGGGUGCUGCCGUUCCUGCGCAAGAUGCUCGACGACGAGACGCUCGCGGCCGUCGACGCGGUGCAGGUCGACCCCGAGGUCGGGCGCAACGACAACGGCAACUUUCUGUUCCUGAACCUCGAGACGCUCGAGACCAAGUUCCGCAUCCCGCCCAACGAGCGCCGGCGGGUCAACCGCGAGCGGCUGCGCAAGGCGCUGCUCCGGGGCGUGGCCGAGCACGUCCGCUGGGGCCGGCGGCUGACGGGCGUCGAGCUGCUCGACGGCAACGGCGACGGGAUCGACGGCGACGGCGACGUGCGGGCCGUCUUCGCCGACGGCUCCUCGGUCGACGGCCGCCUGCUGGUGGGCGCCGAGGGCUCCAACUCGCAGACGCGCCGCUUCCUCGUGCCCGACACGUUCCGCAACUACCAGCUGCCGGUGCGGCUCGUCGGCGCCGCCAUCGACCUGCGGCCCGACGAGGCGCAGCCGCUGCGCGACAUCGACCCGCUGCUCUUCCAGGGCUGCCACCCCGUCACGGGCAACUUCCUGUGGAUCUCGAUGCUCGAGACGCCCGACACCAACGGGUCGGCGGGCACGCCCGACGCGCACUACCGCAUCCAGGUCAUCGUCUCGUGGCCCGUGCGGGACCCCGAGGCCGACGAGGUGCCCGACGGGGACGCCGCGCGCGUGGCCGAGAUGCAGCGCCGCGCGGCCGACUUCCACCCGCUGCUGCGCAACGUCGUCGACGCCAUCCCGCCGACGGCGUCCGUCAUGGAGAUUGCGCUGCAGGACUGGCCGUGCCAGCAGUGGGACAGCCGCGGCGGGCGCGUGACGCUUGUCGGCGACGCCGCCCACGCCAUGACCAUGUACCGCGGCGAGGCGGCCAACCACGGCAUCCUCGACGCCUACAUCCUCGCCCGCCGCAUCGAGGAGGUGUACGCGGGGGGCAAGGCGCGCGCGGAGGCCAUCGUCGAGUACGAGGAGGAGAUGCGCGAGCGCGCGGCGCCGGCCGUGUUGCUGAGCCGCCAGGCGUGCCUCGACGCGCACGACUACCACGGGCUGAACGAGAACUCGGCGGUGCUGAAGCGGCGGGCCAUUACGACAAAGUGA